CAAACCUCUCUCUUCAGUUUCCUUUCCCUGUCCCAACCUUGGAGAAGAAAAACGCGAUCUGUAAUCAGUUCGGAGAAGAAGACCGUGAAUCUGGUGGGCAGGUGUUACCCUACAUCUAGAUCUCUUUUUUCUCAUCCCACUCUGUCUCUCAUCUCCUUCUCUCGCUCUCAUCUCUUUCGGAGAGGAGACGAUACCAAAUCCGAGCUCCCUCUCACCUCUCCCAAUCAUCCUUCGCUCUCUAUCCUUUCCUAGAACGAAUGAAAGCAUGGAAUAAAAGGUGCAAUCAAUUCCCUCCGAAAGAAAGUGACGUCGACGACGAACAUGGCGGUGAAGGUCAAAGUGGAGAAGGGGAAAAAAGUUGGUCGACCAUCAACUCCCCUGCGAUUGGCACAUGCAGGUCGAGGUUUUGCCGGCGAAAAUGACAGUCGACGAUAGGGAAGGUUUACCUCCUUUGGAAUUUCCUCCCUUCUUAGCAGUAAGGUUUAGUUCAUGUCAAUUUAGCCCCUUAUGUGCUUUCAAUUAGUGUUUGAGUUCUUUGUUCCCUGCUUAUGUGGGGCUUAUUUUUAGAUCUGUGAACAUGUGGUUUCAUAUGCUAUGUAUGUCGUGUAGAAUAGGAGGGCCACUUACUUGAUGUUUAAUUAAUUGCAGUAUUAGUAUGUAGACUUCUCUUUCUCUUCGUUGUUUAUCUGUUGAAGC